UUUUCUGCUCUUCGUUUACCUUCAUCCCUCCCGCUUUUUUCCCCUUUUCCAUUUUCCAUUUUCCUCGCUUCCAAACACCCGUUUCCCUAACCGGCCAGAUCUCCACGACUCCACCCGAUUCCAACUCCAAUUCCCCCCAAUUCCAGUUCCCGCCAUCGCUAACUGAACAAUUUCCCCAAAUCUCCUCCAUCUUUGCCGGUCCUCUUCACUUCGUCGAGCACCACAGAUGUCGAAUUCCGAGCCUCCUACUGGUCCCGGAGCGACGCCGCCGCCGCCGAAUCAACAGCAGCAGAGCACUCCCUCCACCGUCGUCUCGUCCCCGUCCUUUAAUGUGCCGAAGCGUCAGCUGGCCUUCUCUUCCGUGAAGCCGCCGUUCUCGUCUCCUGGCGACUAUCAUCGAUUCACUACCGACCCUCGCCGCGCCGCUGAUCGGGAGCCCGAGGGGAUCGUCGUCAAAUCGCCUCCAUUAAAACAGUCGGGUGAUACAGCAGCACACGAAACUGAGUCUAGCGAGUGGAAUAUUACUUCUGCAUACACUGAAGUCGCAAACACUCCCAUCCGCACACCGUUGUCAGGGAAAGGUGGAAAAGCUCCUAAGGCUUCCAAGGGUUCAAGGAGCACUAAAUCUGCACAGCAGAAUGCCAAUGCAAAUAUUGGUUCACCUGGCAAUAAUCUUACUCCAACUGGUCCUUGCCGUUACGACAGCUCUCUUGGUCUCUUAACAAAGAAAUUCAUCAAUUUGUUCAAACAUGCUGAAGAUGGGAUUCUCGAUCUCAAUAAAGCUGCUGACACUUUAGAGGUUCAAAAAAGACGCAUAUAUGACAUAACAAAUGUACUGGAAGGAAUUGGUAUGAUAGAAAAGAAGCUCAAGAACAGAAUUCAAUGGAAGGGACUUGAUGUCACACGCCCAGGAGAGACAGAUGAGAGUGCGACUAGUUUGCAGCAGGCAGAAGUUGAAAAUCUCACAAUUGAGGAACGCAACUUCGAUGAGCGGAUAAGGGAAAUGCAAGAGAGGCUGACAGCCCUCAGUGAGGAUGGCAACAAUCAAAGGUUUCUUUUUGUCACCGAGGAUGAUAUCAAGACCUUACCUUGCUUCCAGAAUGAAACACUAAUAGCUAUCAAAGCUCCACAUGGUACUACAUUGGAGGUUCCUGAUCCUGACGAGGCUGUUGACCAUGCUCAGAGAAGAUACAGGAUCGUGGUCAGAAGUACAAUGGGCCCAGUAGAUGUCUAUCUUGUCAGCAAAUUUGAAGAGAAGUUUGAGGAGAUCCAGGGAGUUGAACCGCCAGCUCCUAGCCUUCCAUCUACCUCUGGCGUAAACGAUAAUCCCACGACUAGCACAGUGGUUAAAGAGGAGAGCCGUGAAGGAAAGGAGAUUGCAGGAACGGAGCAGGGACAGGAUGUUCUUUACUCUGAACAGGAUCUUUUCAGUGGCAUCAUGAAGAUUGUUCCUAGUGAUGCUGAUAGUGAUGCAGAUUACUGGCUUUUGUCGGACGCUGGUGUUAGCAUCACAGACAUAUGGCGAACUGAUCCCGGGCUUGAAUGGAACGAGCUUGGUGGACUCCAUGAUGACUAUGGCAUUUCAGGUAUCAGCAGCAGCAUGCCAGCAAAUCCUCAAACUCCUCCACCUUCCAAUCCAACCACAGAACCGCCACCUUCUGCUGCAAACGCCACACCACGGUGAAACUAUGUCACUCUGCUCCUAGAUAUCACAUCACUGUAAAGAGAAGAAACUGCUGCAGAACGCGCCCAGUGGCAGCCUGUGUUCGAUGUACAGCGGAAGGAAGCAAAAAUGUCUGUGAAUUGAUUCAUGUCUAGUUAGCUAAUAAGGAGAUGGCUCCUUUCCACUCUGUGUACAUUCCUUGAUCCGUCGUAGCCUGCACCUUGUAUUCCUAUUCCCCCGUCGUAUUGUCUGCUUAGUUAAAUCUCAUAACCGUGUCAAGAUUUAUAGAUGCAAGAGCUACUAGAUGUAAGAUACCGUCAUCUGUAGAGCAGCUGGAUUCCGGAUCAUGUAAAUUUGUAUCUCAAUACAGAGCAUUAUGUACGUAUUACUGUUACAUCAGAUGUUUUGUUCUACUUUUCUGCUUCUUUUUGGUCAGCCUUCUUCCCCAUCCAGCCGGCGACGAUCGGAGUAAGCGCCACUGUCGGAGGGAACCUGAUCGGAGAUGCAGCUUUGUGUGCAGCAUAAGCCAAUGCAAAGGUCCCGACUUUCUCCCCCGUGGCAUCCGUAGAAAUCCCCACCUUCUGCAGCAGAGCUUGAACAUCGACGCCGGCAUUGACGAGAGCGUAGCAGAGGGAGAAGGAGAUGAUGGAGAGGCUUAUCGAUGUGGCCAAGUAAGCUCCGCCAUAUUUGGUAAGCAGUUCUUUAGCUUGGUCUCCCUUUGAUUUCUCCUGCGCGCCACCAUCUACAGUUUUUUUCUCGUCCUUGGAGCUGAAUAUCUUCCACAGUCCGGCUUCGAGGCCGUACUUCUGUGUAAUUUCGUCUGGGGAGGAAGGUGGAGGUGGGGUUUUGAGUUCAGCUUUUUCUCGGGUAGCUCGGAUUCUGAAUCGGGUAGAGAUGGAUUUGGGAGGUCUCAGAGAAGAAGCUGUGGUGUUGCAGUUUAUGGUGCCGAAGAGAGUGGAAGAUGCAGAGGUUUGCAGAGCUGCUGACAUUGUCGCAACUGAAGAAAGGUUAGCUUCUUUUUUACUCCCGAUAGAUAAUAGAUAAGUGUUCCAGCUUACAGGUGACAGGCAUAACCGGAUUUUUGUAUUCCCCCCUUUGGGCUAUGUUGUUAUGUUGGAGACGGUAAAAGUGCAGUGAAUGGUGGCUGUCGCGUGGCCAGUAGGGAUGGCAAUUUCGACCUGACCCGUUUUACCCGAUCUGUUUGAUCUGUUUUGGGGCGGGUCCGACCCGCUCCGUAGGCGGGGCGGGGCGGGC